GGCAUCCCUCGCCCGCCCGCCUGCUCAUUCCCUCCCUUUGCCCGGGGACGGGCUCCUGGCUCCUCAGGCUUUUUCAACCCUUUUCCAUGCCUCGGGAUAACGCACCCUCUGGACCUGCAGCUACCCGAAGUCUGAGGGAUUUUGUGUCUCGGAUCCUGCCGCUGGACAGCGCCUACACACGCCUUUAAGGAAGCGGGCACCUACAAACUAGAUGUAAAGACGGAACCUCCACAGCAACCGAAUAUGCCCUGUGUGCAAGCGCAGUAUAGUCCUUCACCGCCCGGUUCGAAUUAUGCAUCGCAGACCUACGCCUAUGGCUCGGAGUACAGCUCAGACAUCAUGAACCCUGACUAUGCCAAGCUGACCAUGGACCUGAGCAGUACCGAAAUCACUGCCACUGCCACCACCUCCCUUCCCAGCUUCAGCACCUUUAUGGAGGGUUACUCCGGCAGCUAUGAGCUCAAGCCUUCCUGCCUCUACCAAAUGCAAACUGCCUCCUCUGGCCAGAGGCCCCUCAUAAAGAUGGAAGACACCCGGCUGUCCCCGUACCAGCCCUCGCUGCCCCCAUCUACGGACGAGGGCAUGCCCAGCACUUCCAUGUACUUCAAGCAAUCUCCACCCUCCACGCCCACCACACCCGGCUUCCCCGCUCACCAGGGCCUGUGGGACGAGCCGCCGCUGCAGCCCACGCAGACCUGCCUGCCUCCCGGCCACCUGAUGGACGCCGCCCCCAUGAAGACCGUGCCUCCGCGCUUCCCUCUCUUCCACUUCAAGCACUCGCCUCCGCACACGCCGUCGGCGGCCGCCCACAUGUGCUACGACCCGGCCUCGCUGAGCCUGCCGCUGGGCUCCGACAGGCCCGCCGCCAGCCAGGCUCCCAUGGAGGGCCAUUCCUACGGGCUCCACCUGGCCAAGAGACCAGCCACCUUAGCCUUCUCACCGCUCGGCCUCAACGCAGCCACCUCCGGCCUGAUGGGCGAGAGCAGCGGCAGCGGCAGCAGCGGCCUGCCGUCCCCGCCCAGCAGGAGCUCCUCGUCCGGGGAAGGCACCUGCGCCGUCUGUGGAGACAAUGCCGCCUGCCAGCACUACGGCGUGCGGACGUGCGAGGGCUGCAAGGGCUUUUUCAAGAGAACAGUUCAGAAAAAUGCAAAAUAUGUUUGUCUGGCAAAUAAAAACUGCCCAGUGGACAAGAGACGUCGUAACAGAUGCCAAUACUGCCGGUUCCAGAAGUGUCUCAGUGUCGGCAUGGUGAAAGAAGUUGUCCGUACCGACAGCCUGAAAGGGAGAAGAGGUCGGCUGCCUUCCAAACCAAAGAGCCCCUUACAGCAAGAACCCUCUCAGCCCUCCCCGCCCUCUCCUCCCAUCAGCAUGAUGAAUGCCCUCGUUCGAGCUUUAACCGACUCCACGCCCAGGGAGCUGGACUAUUCAAGAUACUGUUCCACUGAUCAGGCUGCUGCAGGCACAGAUGCAGAACAUGUACAACAAUUCUAUAAUCUCCUGACUGCCUCCAUUGACAUAACCAGAGGCUGGGCAGAAAAAAUCCCAGGAUUUACUGACCUCCCAAAAGAAGAUCAGACAUUACUCAUAGAAUCAGCUUUUUUGGAGCUGUUUGUACUAAGACUCUCCAUCAGGUCUGAUACUGCUGAGGAUAAGUUUGUAUUCUGCAAUGGACUCGUGCUUCAUAGACUUCAGUGCCUUCGUGGAUUUGGGGAGUGGCUCGACUCUAUUAAAGACUUUUCCUUAAACUUAAAGAGCCUUAACCUUGAUAUCCCAGCCUUAGCAAGUCUAUCAGCUCUAACUAUGAUUACAGAACGACAUGGAUUAAAAGAACCAAAGAAAGUGGAAGAGCUAUGCAACAAGAUCACAAGCAGUUUGAAAGAUCACUUAACUUUCAGUUGCCAAAACAAAGGACAACCGCUCGAGUCUGCAGAGCCGAAGGUACUGGGUGUUCUGGCUGACUUGCGUUCUCUCUGCACACUGGGACUGCAGCGCAUCUUUUACCUGAAACUGGAAGAUUUGGUGCCAGCCCCUUCCAUCAUCGACAGGCUGUUUCUGGACACCUUACCCUUCUGAGUCAAACCACCCUCCUGAGAGGCAAACGCCCACCAGAGCAGGCAAAUGGAUCGUGACUUACAGCUAACAUUUCUGCCCUCACUUAACAGAAAAGCCACUCCGAGUCUAACAUGAGGUCUUUUCUGGCGCUUUGUCCUUACAACCUGAGGCCUGAAACUUAGUGGCUUACUGGUUUGGGGUUGUGUUCUUUGUUUUUUUUUGUGUGAUUUGGGUUUUUUAAAUGGCUAAUAUGGCACUUUUGGACAAUGCUAUCCCAGCAGCAGUAAAAGGUUAACAUGACUGUUUUAAAUCUGUUGUUUAACACCUCAUGGUCCAUGAGGAGUAAAAUUGUAGAAGCUGUGUUUGAAAGAACAGCAAUUUGUUGUUUGCCAGGGUAGUAUGUGUUUUGUGAGGAUACCUUUAGCAUACUUCCUGCAUCAAGGGCACAUACAUCAGCACAAUCUAAACAAAAAUUCACUUUUUUAGCAAAGUACAUUCAAUUAAACAUUUCAUACAAAUCAAAUAUAGCAAAAUGACAAUGGCUGUUAGCUCCCAUGUUCAAGUGCAAUUUUUUAAAGUGCUGUCUUACUAAGUCUCAUUUAUUAACUAAUUUAUUUUACUAGGAAAACAAACAGAAGAAAUCAAGGGAGAAAAUUACAUGCACUAACUUACCUGACAGAGUUUUCCAAACUUGAUUCCAUGUAGCGUGACUUAUUGACAAAUGUAUGUGGAAGACACGGGAGCAAUUGUGGCUCAGUUGUUCCUUAGCUAAGGAAACCCGAGUAAGUAGUGAUUGGAGCAUACAGGGUCAGUAUCAGGGAUAGUUCAGUUCUAGACUUCUAACACAAGCAACUUGUUAGUAAACAGACAGAAGAUGGUUUUCAAGAACAAGCAAGUCUUGUAAAAUAGUAUGAAUGUAAGUGCUAGGAAGGAUAUAGUGGGCUGCGUUUAAACAUUCCGUGUUCGUACUCCUUUUUGUAUGUUUAUACUGUUGAUGCCAUAUUAAUAUGAGAUAAUUUGUUGCAUAGUGUCUUUAUUUGUAUAAAUGUUUGUAUGCAUGGUAUAUUGUAAUGGCUUUGCCUGUAUUUAUUGCAAUGACUGCCAGCUCAUGGGAACCCUGUUACACAUGAUAACUAAAUGGGGUGUUCACACUGACUCAGAUACACCAGUUGGAAAACUAUAUACAUAUAUAUAAUGUGUAUGUAUAUAUAUGUAUAUACCUAUAUUUGUGUGCGUGUGUGUGCGCGUGUCUUUUUAUUAACCAUUUGUAUAUAAAAUAUCUGUCAAAUCACAAGCAGAGUUAUUUUACAGUUUAUUUGCAGUGACUUCUAAGGCAGUACUGUUUAGCACUUUGAUAUUAAAAUCUUGCUCAUGUUUUGCUA